AACCUGGGAUUCUAGGCUACAGAUGGCUUUACGCGCAGCGCUCAAUUAGGUAUUUGACUACCGAAACGCCUUGUUCCAUCAAGGCUGGUUUUACACUGGGAUUCUGAAAAUGAAGCCGUUUCUCGCGGCUACCUUGUUAUUGUCAGUGGCAGCUGCGUACUAUGUUUACCUUCCAUUGCCUAAUACUAUAUGCGAGCCAUGGAAACUAAUGAUCCUAGAUGCUGUUUUCCGGAGUUUCAUGCAUAUGGGGGACUUGGCUCAUGACCUUGGCCUCAGCCACCACAUUCAUGUCAUCAAUUACUUUGUGACCCAAGUGGAGGUGAAGGGUCCUCAGUCCAGUAGCACAGUACGGGUGACCGACACCGCGUUUGCUGGUGUGCCAGCUCGUGUGUUUGAACCGACCACACAAGUGAAGGAGCACCAUCUGAAGAGAGGUGUUGUGUACUUUCAUGGAGGUGGAUGGGCCAUGGGUAGUGGACGAAUGCGGUCGUAUGACUUGCUGUGCAGGAACAUGGCAGAAGAACUGGAUGCCGUCAUUGUAUCUGUUGACUACUGCCUGGCUCCAGAGGCCCACUUCCCCCAGCAGUACUAUGACGCUCUGAAGGCUGCUACGUUCUUCCUGAGGCCCGAGGUUCUGGCACAGUACUCCGUGGACCCGAAGAGGGUGGCCAUUUCAGGGGACAGUGCUGGGGGGAACCUGGCAGCUGCUGUGGUCCAACAGAUGGCAGCUGACAGCAAAACCACCACCAAGUUCAAAGUGCAGGCCCUGAUCUACCCUGUGCUCCAAGCGCUGGACUUCAACACACCUUCCUAUCAGCAGAACGGAAACGUCCCCAUCCUGUAUCGCCCCGUCAUGGCCCGCUUCUGGCUGGAGUAUCUGAACGGCGACUACAGCCUGGUGCCUCUCCUGCUGGCCAACAACCACAGCGCUCUGGACCUGACCAAAGUACCGGAGGCCGUCAGGGCGCGGGUGGACUGGACGCGUCUGCUCCAGCCGGCGUUCCGCAAGGACUACCGGCGAGUCUCGCCCGCCCGGGGCAGCGCGCAGGUGGUGGAGGAUCUGCCGGCGCUGCUGGACGUCAGGGCCGCCCCGCUGCUGGCGGACGACGAGGUCCUGCGGGCGGUGCCGCCCGCCUACGUCAUGACGUGCGAGCACGACGUGCUGCGCGACGACGGGCUGAUGUACGCUCAGCGGCUGGAGGAGGCGGGCGUGGCGGUCACCAGGGACCACUACGAGGACGGCUUCCACGGGUGCAUGGUGUUCGCCUCCUGGCCCGCCAAGUUCUCGGUGGGAACGCGCAGCAUGCGGAACUACAUCCAGUGGCUGAAGGAGCAUCUCUAAGUUACCGGAGAACGCAGAUGAGAGAAAGGCGGAUGUGAUUAACCAAAUGAUUAGACUGAUAAAAUGUUCAUUGUGUCAUUACAUGUCAUACUAACUCAAAAUUGACCCUCUGUGACACAGCAAGCCUGCAUGUAUCCACUUGUGUCCACUCGUGCAAGCUUGCAUCCACUACUUGUAACUUUGUAACCUUUUGACUGAGGUUUAAAGCACAGGUAACCCUGUAACCUUUUGAAUAAGGUUUAAAGCACAGGGUUUAAAAAUCUAAUGUCACAUUUUAAAUCUGAAAUUUAUUUAUUUAUUAGUGCAAUAUAUCAAUGCAAUUUGUUAUUGUAGGCACUGGGUGGCUUGUUUUGUGAUUUGGAUCAGUGAACUGUUGGAACAAGCCAGACCAUUACUUGGCAUGUGUGCUCUUUACUUUACUUUAAUACUGCUAAACGCACAAAGCACAAAGCCAAAUAUGAUAUAUUACGAAGCUUUUAUCAUAAUUUAUGUCUAUGAGACCACUGUAUAUCAACAGUAUAUCAUCACCAAAUAACUACUGUCAUUGUAUAAUAAUGUGAAAAGUAGUCGAUGACAGUAUUCUGUAGUCUAUGAAGACAGGGAUUUGGAGUGAAUGUUGCUCUAUCUAUGUGCUUGGUACCAGAUAAAUCCUACAGUACUUGAAUGAUGUAUAUGGGAUAACCACUAUGAAUGAAACAAUCACUUGAUAUGUUAUUAUCUCUUUAGAUUAAGAAGAAGAAUUGUAAUAUGCUUGACACUGGAUAAUGCCGAAAUGGGCACCCGAGUCUGAACAAAAGUAUUUUUCAACAUUCUAUAUUUUUCUAUGGAUAAACUGAAAAUUAUACUAAUAUCAUUCCAUCACUUUGUGAACGAUAAGACAUGUAAGAAAAGAGAGUGUAAAUCAUGCUACCGACUAUCUGGAAUCUAUUUGAAUGUGUUUGAAAAGAUUGUACAUUAAUAUUCUAAUAUAUGGUUUGAGUUAAUGUUCUGUUUUUGUUUUCCCUGCUCGUGUUGUAACUUUAAAUCCAAUUAUGUAAUAAUAUGACAUAACAUUAUGGUAAACCCCCUGCUUUACUAUUAUCUGCUGAUGUUAGUCCCACACAAAGACCAGUUCAUUAAGGGAUCAGUUAAGGAACAUGCUUCAGUCAGCUGCGUGGCUACACACAUGGGCUGGAGCUCUAUCUGGGAGGUUAGUAUGAACCAGCAGUGUAAACCAGGAGAGGAGGAGAGGAGAGGCCCAGGGUGGAGAUAAGCACUAAGGAAUGCACUCAGCGCAGUAGCGCUGGCCUGCGCCAGAGAGACCUCUGGCGAAAGCAUGUGAUUCGCUCGGCUGCACUGUAUAUUUAUGUAUAAUGGUAGAGAGACAGCCACAAUGCAGCGUGGGUCUUUAUCUUAGCUCUUAGUCAAACACUACGUCUGGGGAGUGUGCUUUUAAUAGCACUGAGGAGGAGAUGGUUCAGCAACUUCAGGGGUUUUGAUUUGUUGAGCUGUUUUUUCAUUUUGCUUCAUCCUUUUUUUCCUGAGUUUGUGGUUGGGUUUUUUUCUUAAUUUCCCUGGUUUUGAAGUUUUCCACUGGUAUGGACUAUUCCCACAAUUUUAAACCAAAUGUUUGUGGACCAAAACAUGUGUUAUUAUGAGCCAUAAGUUCUCAGACUUCCGUGACUUGUUUUCUCUGUUGUUCUUACACUGAAUGUAACUGUUGUGUUUUAAGUUGAUUAUUCCGUUCGACUCGCUGAAUGUCUCAUGUCAUUAAAUGUCUUCACUGUGUGUUACCUGCAACCACUAAAAUUUGACUUCCGUGAAA